GCCACUCUCAACUGCAGAUCUGAUGACUAAUCACACCCCCUCACGCGGCCUUCCCCCGCAGCCCGGUGAUUUCAAGCUCUGUGUUUGCAUCAUUCCGAUUCUGCAGCACAGCUUUCAUUCACUGAUUCAAUUUCUCGAAGUUCGACGCGAUCCAAUUCACUCAGGUGCUGCGCCAAUUACCAACCGAAGAGAAUUCCCGAACCCACCGAGAAAUAACACCACAAUCUCUCCUCCGAGAAACAAAUCCCCCCAAUCCCACCCCCUCACGCAGCAGCUCCCCCCCCGCGCCCUCUAGCAAACGAGCGCAAAACCCGCCAGACAGCUUCCCAUCCCUCCACCAACCAAUACAAGCUGCUUCAAUUCACCACAUCCACAUCAAAUAAUACCCAAACCACACAACACAAAAAAAAAAUGAAACCACCAACCCCAAUCCCCAUCCCCUCCUUCGCAACCACCCACCUCCACCACCUCAAAACCGAACACAGCCUCGAAAUCGCCUCCUCCACCCUCUCCGCUGCCUCCGUGGCCGCCAGCCCCGCCACGCGCCGCGCCUUGCAAGCGACUGGCCACGCCCUGACAGGCUUGGUAUUGUCGCAGACCCGCACGGGGCUGGGAGGCCGUCUCGUCGGGGAGUUUGUGCCGGAUGCGGCGACUUCCUCAUCCACCAAAAGUGAUAAUAAGAAUGGGGCUACGCAGGGGAAGGAGGAUGGACGGUUACGGCUCCCGGCGCAUGGGAUUCGGGUGGGAGAUGUGGUGCGGUGCUUGGAGAUUAGUAAUUCAAGCUCGAAGAAAAGUUCUGGGGCGGGGGGCAAGAAGGAUGGGGAGGGAGGGAAGAGUAAAGCGCCGGAGGGGGUGGUGACGAGGGUGGGGGAGGGGGCGGUUUGGGUUGCGUUUGGACAGCAGGGUGCUGCUGGUGCGUCGGGAAAGAAGGAGGAGGAGGAGGGGGUGGAGGAGCUGUGGGGGAAGAGGGUUUGGUUGUAUGUUGUUUGCCCUGCUUCUCUGUUGUCGUCCGCAUUGAGGGGUGGUUUGAGGAUGAUAAGGAACUGACGGUUGUUUGGGUUGUUUGGUUUAGUGUAAAGCUGGCGAAUGAUGUUACGUUUCGGAGGUAAGACGCGCAGAUGAUCCUCG